AACCAAAUAAGAAAACAAACCUAUCUUUUAAAGAGAGGGAGUAUUGGUUUUGGUCAGUCUGCCUCCUACAGUAGUAGGAUGGAACGGUUUUUUUUCCACAGUUGGCAGUUUCUCCUCGGCGAAUCAUUCGUCCGUCGCUGUCAUCUCGUUUCAAAACCCUAACAGUCCAUAUGAGUUUUUCACUACAAUCUCUCUUAUCUACUGAAUAAAAUCAGCUUCAUUCAGUCGAUAUUAAACAAUUUCGGUUGAACUUGUUAAGGGUUCACUUACGAAAGAAUGUAUUGAAAAGACAAGCAGACUUCUCAAGACGCUUAACGCCAGCUUUUCUUAACUAUAGGAGGAGGGCAUCAAAAUGGCCCAACCUUCAGUGAUCUUAGCUACAGCAGGCUAUGAUCAUACUAUCAGGUUUUGGGAACCUAAAAGUGGACGAUGUUAUCGUACUCUUCAAUACCCUGAUUCUCAAAUUAAUAAAUUAGAGAUAACCCCAGAUAAACACUAUGUGGCAGCAGCUGGAAAUCCUCAUAUUAGAUUAUAUGAAGUCAACUCUUCUAGUCCUCAACCAGUUAUGAGUUACGAAUCGCAUACUAGUAAUGUAAUGGCAGUGGGAUUCCAGUGUGAUGGAAAUUGGAUGUAUUCAGGUUCGGAAGACGGCACUGUAAAGAUUUGGGAUUUGAGGGCUCCGGGUUGCCAGAGAGAAUAUGAAAGUCGUGCAGCUGUAAACACAGUUGUGCUUCAUCCAAAUCAGAGGGAACUUAUAUCUGGAGACCAAAAUGGCAAUAUACGGGUCUGGGAUUUGACAGCUAAUUCAUGUAGUUGCGAGUUGGUUCCAGAGGUAGAUACAGCAGUAAGGUCCUUAACAGUGAUGUGGGAUGGGAGCUUGGUUGUUGCUGCAAACAACCAUGGAACAUGUUAUGUGUGGCGCUUGAUGUGUGGAAUGCAGACUAUGACCAAUUUUGAGCCACUUCAUAAACUACAAGCACAUGACGGCUACAUCCUUAAGUGUCUGUUAUCACCUGAGUUUUGUGAACCCGAUAGAUAUCUGGCUACGACAUCAUCUGACCAUACAGUUAAGAUAUGGAAUGUUGAUGGUUUCACCUUGGAGAAAACUUUAGUCGGGCAUCAACGCUGGGUAUGGGACUGUGUCUUUUCAGUUGACGGUGCUUACUUAAUCACAGCUUCAUCUGAUACCACAGCAAGGCUCUGGAAAAUAGAUAGUGGUGAAGCCAUGAGAGUAUACCAAGGCCAUCAUAAAGCAAUUGUUUGUUGUGCACUUCACGAUGGUGCUGAAUCUUCUCAAUCUUGAGCUUAGGGAAUACCUGGUACAUUCUUCUAACACCCCUCAGAGUAGUCCACGUGUAAAUAUGCUUCAGAAUGUUUAUAUUUUCAUCCAGUAGCUUUUACUGUUGUCUAGUGGUUGUAUUAUAGGUAUGAAUCAUUGUUAUGUGAUCUAUGCUUUGCUUCUAGAUUAGCAUAUGUAGAAAUUUUAAAUGUAUUCCUAUCUGCAUAGUCUUAAUCUUUGGUUCGAUAUCUUAAAAGAAAAUCUGAAGCAAAACCCGAUAUCUAGUUAAGUUGAUUUUGUAUAAAAUUUUUAGUAUUACAUUAUGAAAUAAGUGGUUACAGCUAUUUAUCCCUGGAAAUCUCCCUAGUCCAGUUCAUUCAGUUGUGGAAUUCUUUAGAGAACAAAUUAGGCAACCUGAUCUGUUAUACAUUCCUCCGGGAAAGUAAUAUUUAUAAAAUAGAAGAUUUCCAUAUUGACCCACUUUUUGAAUUGUGGAUAGCAUGUCAAUAUCCGGAUGCCCUCAGUUGUUUACUGUCCAUGUCGAAUACAUCCCUUUUUAUGCUUAAAUAAGUAAUUAAAUAUAUCUC